UAAAGUGAACAGUGAAACAGACUGUGCCCGCAAACAGGUUCCGUUUUCCAGGUGUUUUCCGUCGAUCUUCUUUCAGCCUCAUAGCAUCACCCCUGGAACAGCAAGGGAACUCCCUUUACUGCAGCUCGAUGCUAGUAGCAGGAGGAGGAGGAGGAGCCAGAAGAGAAGGGAUGAUGUUUGCAGCGAAAUUGAUCUCCACUUCAAUCACGCUCAGUAUCGUGGUUGGCAUCGGUUGGUGUGCGGCUCUAACGGACGUCGGUAUCGUCGUGGACGUCGUCACGGCGCAACCACCGGCCACCGGGGUUGGUGAAACCGGUACGAUGGCGACCGCGGAACCAGAGGCAGCACCACCCCAGGAGCAGCAGCAACAACAAACCUUCCGCAUCACACCGAAGGACGUCGAGGCGGUGCAGGGCGAUGAGGUGGUGAUGCGGUGCGAAAUCGAGCAUCUCGCCGGUUGGGUCCAGUGGACGAAGGAUGGUUUCGCGCUCGGCUUCGGCAACGAGAUAGCCGGUUUUCCGCGCUUUUCCCUCAACCAGAACCACAGCGACGGUGUCUACAACCUGCGCAUCACCAACACCUCGUACGACGAUGCGGCCCAGUACCAGUGCCAGGUUGGGCCGGCCCAUCACAACCGGCCGAUCCGGGCCCAGGCCAAGCUUACCGUACUGGCUCCUCCCAAGGGUUAUCACGAUCCGAAGCAGCUCAACUGAGGACCGCCCGACCGACCCCGUUGACCGACUGAUGAUCCAACCGAGCCAAACGAUGUCCACUAUUACACCUACUAAUCCUUCCACUACUAGCAACUAAUGUUCCUCGCAAAAUUGAUCGAACUAAAACGACGAGUAAAACUACGGGAAAGACUCCUUUUGAAGACCGCGUCCAGGUUAGCGGUCAAGCGGCACAAACACACAGACACACACUAAAAGCUCGCUAAUCCGGACGGCCUAAAUGACUAACGCCUGUUCGUUGCUGUAAAAGUAAAUCAAACGCACACGCACACGGAAAAAAACAAUUAAGCUGCUUAUAGGAGGCUUACAAAAAGGAUCAACAAAUCCUCUUCGCACGGAAGACGAUGUGGAGUGGAGAGGAAUAUGGUGAGAAAUAUUGCGACGGAACGGGACUAACGUGGCUCCCCGGGAAAAAGGGGAACAGAUGUGCAUGCAUGCGUAAGCGGUGGCCAUAUGUAUCCUAUAAAUGGUUCCGGAGAAAUAAAAACCGAAAAAAGAAAAGGCGCCAAACACAAACACCGCACCAGCCCAGACCAAAAGUCCAGAGCGAACGAACGAAGGAAAAAGGGAACAUAACAUAUCACUACGAUUAAUGUAGACUAUCGAUGGGAACUCAGACGGCAGACUGCGCACACUGCACCACCACUCCGUCGUACUCCGUAACAUAAUGCAUCAACCGGAAACCUGGGCGGGGGGCGAGCGUGAGCCAAAGAGAACCAAAACUUUGCUGCCCGGAGUGUGUGGCACGAAAAAAAGGUGAAAAGUUGACAAUUAAACGAGAGAGUGGCCGGUCAGGGGGGGAAAAUAAUUACCGUGACGGUGGCGGUGGCGUCGGCGGCGGCGACCAGUUAAAUUGGAAAAUUCACGAGCGUACGUUAAUUUUCAUUUGCCUUUUACGCGCCCCGGCCGGAAAAGUGCGCCCCGGUGCCGGUGUUUUUCCCCAAUUCUUUUCCAUUCCCGUUUUUUUUGUGUUUUCCAUCCACCGAUCGGGCCACGCUUUUUUUUUGCACGCUUUUCCCAGCUUUGGUCUCAUUUGGAAACGGAUUUCAUACAAUUAAGAAACCGGAGAGAAUGACGCACAACAUCCCCUACCCCAGCGCCCUCGGUGCGCUGCGCUUAAGCUUCGUCAGCUUUAUCACGCUCCUCCGGGCUCAUCCAUUUUAUCGGAUGCCAUUUUCCGAUCAUUUGAGCUUUUGCCCCUGUCCCCGGGAGGAGAGGGGCUUUCCGCUCUUUCUUGCUCUGUCUUUUGGCCGUUCGGCGCUCCGAUACACAUUGUAGUGAACGGGAAUGCUGUGGCUUUGGCCUCCCCACGUCCUCUGCCUGCUCUGGUACUCAAUAUGCUAAAUAUUCCAUCGUUGGGAUGGAGGCGAAGGCAAACUCUGGACGCUCUGACACACAUCCAUUUGCGAACCCCACACCACACCAGACAGACACACACACAGUCAC